UGUAACAUUUCAGUCGUCGGUGGGCCCGUUUUUUAUAAGUAUUUCAAGGAUGACAGCUGAAGUAAAUAAAGGACCCCUUCUGGGAAUGCGGCAUGUUCAGACCCUACUCAUUUUCCUCAACAUAACAUGUUUGUAUAUCGGUCGCCUGAAUGUGGGAGUAUGCGUGGUGGCCAUGACGAAUGCCGAGACCACCAAUCUGGAUUUUCCAGAAUAUGAUUGGUCUUUGACACAAAAGUCGUAUAUAAUCUCCAGCUUCUUUUGGGGCUACAUUUUCACCCAAUUCCUCGGGGGCUAUCUCUGCAAGCUGUUUGGAGUCAAGAAUGUCAUGCUCUGGGGAUCCUUCGCAUCGGGUGUCUUCAGCGCUCUAACGCCCCUCUUCAUCAGCUUUGGCGGAUGGCAGGCGUACUGCGGUGUUCGGGUGCUUAUGGGCUUUGCUCAAGGACUGAUCUUCCCCUGCAUUCAUCAGCACCUGGCCAGGUGGUCACCCCCCGCGGAGAGGAAUCGCUUGGGAGCUCUCAGUCACACGGGAAUCGAGUGCGGAAACGUGUGUGCCAUGUUCCUGAGUGGAAUGAUAGCAAAAAGUCCUAUAGGAUGGCCGGGAAUAUCCUAUGUCUCUGCCGGAUUGGUCUUCGCCUGGUGUAUCAUUUGGAUGCUUUUCGCCGCCAACAAUCCAAUGGAAUCUCGUUACAUAGGCGAGGUAGAGCUCCAGUACAUCGAAUCGUCUCUGAGGCACAACGAAGACUAUCACAAGACCAUCAUACCCAUUCCUUGGAGGGCCAUUUGGACCUCGGCUCCGUUCCUGGCUCUUUUGGUGGCACGUUCCUGCGAGACCUGGGGUCUGAGUACCCUACAGGCGCAGAUCCCAACGUAUAUGAACGGUGUUCUCGAUAUGGACAUGAAAAGCAAUGCAUUCUUUUCGGCGUUACCAUUUUUGGCCAUGUGGAUUAUGUCGUAUGUUUACCUGAUAGCCGCCGAUGUUUUGCUCUCUGGAAAUAGGCUAAGUUUGACGGCACUGCGAAAGACCAUUAACUCGAUAGCCUUCUGGAUUCCAUGUGCUACGCUAAUUGGAAUAGGAUUUUUGGACCAGGAACAAAAGAAUGUGGCCAUUGCUCUGAUGACCAUCAGUGUGGGUGUGAACAGUGGUGCAACGAUUGGUUCCUCCCUGAACACCAUCGAUCUAUCACCAAAUCAUGCCAGCAUCCUCAUGGGGAUCGUGAAUACGGCUGCGAAUGUGGUGCCUAUAGUGACUCCUCUUGUGGUCGGCUUUAUCGUUGAGGAUGAUGCCAAUCGUUCGGAGUGGCAGAUCGUAUUUAUAAUCGCCUCAGUAUUGUUUUUUUUCGGUAACUGCGUAUUUCUGUUCUUUGGUUCGGCUAUUUCUCAGCCCUGGGAUGCCGAAGACUAUCUCCAAUUAAAAGUACCAGACCUAACUAUUAAAAUAGCUAUCCACGGAGCAUCGAAAGAUACUGAUGAAAUGAAAAAUACGCUGGACUCACGGGAAAGAUAGUUUCAAAUCCAGAUUUUUUAAUAACUAAACUUAAUCUAAUAUAUUUCAGUA